CACAAUGCCCCGCGCCAGGCCCCGCCCCGGCUCGGCGAGGAGACCGCCGCGCGAGGAGCAGAGCGGAGCCGGCCGCGCUCGUCGCUGCCGGUGCGGCUGGUCCUACCCCGUACCGGGCGCGGCGGGCCCGCGGUCAGAGCGUGCGUGCUUGCUUCCCGCGCGCACAGCUUGUGUUUGGCCGAGUGGGGUCCGCCGCCGGCGCUGAGGAUGGGGGCGUAGCUGCGGGAAACGACCCCGCCACACCGAGGUUUUUUUCGUGGCGUGAAAAGAAUUAGAAAUGAACCAGAACCAUUCACAGAUUAACAUUUUAGGAAACAAUUCGUGAUGCCUGUUUCACCUUUGGAGUAAUGUGGACAGAAGUUCUCAAAUUUGCAUAUUACAUCAACUGGAACCAGUGGCAUUAUCUUAAUGUUCACUUAAGUCAGAACUUGUAUGAGAAAAACAAUGGGAGUCUGGUUAAAUAAAGAUAACUAUGUCAGAGACUUGAAAAGGGUCAUGCUCUGUUUUCUAAUAGUGUAUAUGGCCGUUUUAGUGGGUACAGAUCAGAAUUUUUACAGUUUACUUGGCGUAUCCAAAACUGCAAGCAGUAGAGAAAUAAGACAAGCUUUCAAGAAAUUGGCAUUGAAGCUACAUCCUGAUAAAAACCCGAAUAACCCAGAUGCACAUAGUGAUUUUUUGAAAAUAAAUAGAGCAUAUGAAGUACUCAAAGAUGAAGAUCUGCGGAAAAAGUAUGACAAGUAUGGAGAAAAGGGACUUGCAGAUAAUCAAGAAGGAGGCCAGUAUGAAAGCUGGAAUUAUUAUCGUUAUGAUUUUGGUAUUUAUGAUGAUGAUCCUGAAAUCAUAACAUUGGAUAGAAGAGAAUUUGAUGCUGCUGUUAAUUCUGGAGAACUGUGGUUUGUGAACUUUUACUCCCCAGGGUGUUCACACUGCCAUGAUUUAGCUCCCACAUGGAGAGACUUUGCUAAAGAAGUAGAUGGAUUGCUUCGAAUUGGAGCUGUUAAUUGUGGCGAUGAUAGAAUGCUUUGCCGAAUGAAAGGAGUCAACAGUUAUCCCAGUCUCUUCAUUUUUAGGUCUGGAAUGGCUGCAGUGAAAUACCAUGGAGACAGAUCAAAGGAAAGUUUAGUGAAUUUCGCCAUGCAGCAUGUUAGAAGCACAGUGACAGAAUUAUGGACAGGAAAUUUUGUUAACUCCAUACAAACUGCAUUUGCUGCUGGUAUUGGCUGGCUGAUCACUUUUUGUUCCAAAGGAGGAGAUUGUUUGACUUCCCAGACUCGUCUCAGGUUAAGUGGAAUGUUGGAAGGUCUUGUUAAUGUAGGAUGGAUGGACUGUGCCACCCAGGACAACCUUUGUAAAAGUUUGGAUAUUGCAACAAGUACUACUGCCUAUUUUCCUCCUGGAGCCACUUUAAAUAACAAAGAGAAAAGUGGUAUUUUGUUUCUUAAUUCAUUGGAUGCUAAAGAAAUAUAUUUGGAAAUAAUAGAUAACCUUCCAGAUUUUGAACUACUUUCGGCAAACACACUAGAGGAUCGCUUGGCUCAUCAUCGGUGGCUCUUAUUUUUUCAUUUUGGAAAAAAUGAAAAUUCAAAUGAUCCUGAGUUGAAGAAACUGAAAACUCUACUUAAAAAUGAACAUAUUCAAGUUGGCAAGUUUGACUGUUCCUCUGCACCAGACAUCUGUAGUAAUCUCUAUGUUUUUCAGCCAUGUCUAGCAGUAUUUAAAGGACAAGGAACCAAAGAAUUUGAAAUUCAUCAUGGAAAGAAGAUUCUAUAUGAUAUACUUGCCUUUGCCAAAGAAAGUGUUAAUUCUCAUGUUACCACACUAGGACCUGAAAAUUUUCCUGCCAAUGACAAAGAACCAUGGCUAGUUGAUUUUUUUGCCCCUUGGUGUCCACCAUGUCGAGCCUUAUUGCCAGAGUUACGAAAAGCAUCAAAGCAUCUUUAUGGUCAGCUUAAGUUUGGUACAUUAGAUUGUACAGUUCAUGAGGGACUCUGUAACAUGUAUAACAUUCAGGCUUAUCCAACAACAGUGGUAUUCAACCAGUCCAACAUUCAUGAAUAUGAAGGACAUCACUCUGCUGAACAGAUCUUGGAGUUCAUAGAGGAUCUUAUGAAUCCUUCAGUGAUCUCCUUGACACCCACCACUUUCAAUGAACUAGUUAAACAGAGAAAACAUGACGAAGUCUGGAUGGUUGAUUUCUAUUCUCCAUGGUGUCAUCCAUGUCAAGUCUUAAUGCCAGAAUGGAAAAGAAUGGCCCGGACAUUAACUGGACUGAUCAGUGUGGGCAGUAUAGACUGCCAACAAUAUCAUUCUUUUUGUGCCCAAGAAAAUGUUCGGAGAUACCCUGAGAUAAGAUUUUUUCCCCCAAAAUCAAAUAAAGCUUAUCAGUAUCAUAGUUACAAUGGUUGGAAUAGAGAUGCUUAUUCCCUAAGAAUCUGGGGUCUAGGAUUUUUACCUCAAGCAUCUAUAGAUCUGACACCUCAGACUUUCAAUGAAAAAGUUUUACAAGGGAAAAACCAUUGGGUGGUUGAUUUCUAUGCUCCUUGGUGUGGACCUUGCCAAAACUUUGCUCCAGAGUUUGAGCUCUUGGCUAGGAUGAUUAAAGGAAAAGUGAAAGCUGGAAAAGUAGACUGUCAGGCUUAUGCUCAAACCUGCCAGAAAGCUGGUAUCAGAGCCUAUCCAACUGUUAAGUUUUAUCCCUAUGAAAGGGCAAAGAGAAAUACUUGGGGAGAGCAAAUAGAUUCCAGAGAUGCAAAAGAGAUUACUGCCUUAAUAUAUGAAAAAUUGGAAAACCUCCAAAAUCAUGGAAAGAGAAAUAAGGAUGAACUUUAAUGAUGUUGAAAAUGAAGAAACAAUUGAAAAGAAAUUGACAGAUGACCUCAGAAGACACCUUUUCAGAAUGUUACUAUGUUCUUGAUGAGAAUAAAUGAACACUAUCUUGGACUUGUAAUUGCACUGCCUGAAUUCUGUACAACAUUGAUAUAAGUGAAAGGUCUCCAGACUUUUUCUGUAAAGGGCCAGAUUGUAAAUAUUUUAGGCUUUGUAGACCAUAUAUGGUUCUUUGUCACAUAUUCUCUAUUUUUGUUUUGUUUACAGCCCUUUAAAAAAUAUAAAAACCAUUCUUAGCUCAGGGCUGUACACAAAUAGGCCACAAGCCACAUUGAGCCCAUGGGCCACAGAUUGCUAACCCCAGAAAGAUAUUUAGGCUUACUGACUCAAACAUGAGCCUGCUCUAUGAUCUAUGUACAUGCUAAGUUAUACAAAGUGUACUUCUUCACUUCAAGUUUUGUGGCUGGCCUAAAAAGAGAGCUUGGUUUUUAGUCACCACUUCU